AUGCCUCGAAAAUCAACUUCCCCUUCUCUGUCGGCACACUCACUCUCGUCUGAAACGUCGGGCCAAAACCUGCGCGCAAAUCUGCCCGCGCGGCUCGCACAAGAUGAGGCCAGCGCGGGCCUCGCGCGCCUCGACUCUUCCAUUUCGGCCGACCCAAGCAUCCCCAGCUCGCUCUCGCACACUGUUUCGCGCGCCCGCUCGCGCGCCAGUUCUUAUUCGGUGCGCGAAAUUUACGGCGGCCUUCCGGACCAGGAGAUUCGUCUUCGCCGCACGGCCACACGAACGACCAUUAUCGACCUGUUGCAACAACGUGUGGACACGAGGCAAGAUGAUUUUUACGAGCAUCUUCCGGAUGCGCCGGUGCCGGUAGCAAACGGAGGCGAAGAGUUUUCGUCGUUCGACCCUGAACUUGUCACCUGGGAUCUGCCGGACGACCCUGCAAACCCAAGAAACUGGUCGAAUGCAAAGCGCAUCCGCCAAACGGUCCUCGUGUCGCUUUAUUCGUUAAUUCUGCCCAUGUCGCUGUCUAUUUUGUCCCCUGCAAUGACGGAAAUUGCCCGCUCGCUCAAUAUCCAUAAAAGAGUCAUUGAGUCGCUCUGUGUGUCCAUCAUGGUUUUGGCAUUUGCCCUAGGGCCGUUGGUGAUUGCGCCUCUUUCUGAGAGUGACCGUGUUGGCCGGCGCCCCGUGCUCAACCUUUCGAUUUGGCUUGUUGCCCUAUUCAAUUUAGUCAGUGGAUUCGCCAAAACUCCGGCCCAGCUCUGUGUUUUCCGCUUUUUGGGCGGGCUUGGUGGCUGUGCUCCACUUAAUGUGGGCGCUGGUGCUUUGGCAGAUAUGUGGAGCGACAACGAACGUCAGUUUGCCAUGGCAGCUUAUUCGUUAGGCCCAACCUUGGGACCCAUUCUUGCCCCGAUAUUGGCCAGUUUUGUGGUCACAGGACUCAACUGGCACUGGUGCUUUUUCGUCUUGACGUUUUUCAAUGUGGCUGUUGCCGCCGUGGGACUUCUUUUACUCCAGGAAACGUAUCCGCCUCGCUUGUUAAAGCUUAAAGCAGAAAGACUCCGCCGCGAGACGGGAAACGAACAUUUACACACAAUUUACGAAAUUGCAGAUGGAGAAACUACAUCGGAGAGGGUUCUUCACACUAUUCUGAGGCCCAUUUCUUUGCUUGUGGGUCACCCAAUGGUUUUCGGUCUUGGCCUGUUUAUGGCUUUUACUUAUGGCUUCAUGUACCUUUUCAUUGUCACAUUUCCAUCGGUGUUCAAAGGAACUUAUGGCUUCAGCACAAAUAUUGCUGGCCUCAUGUACAUUCCAUUCGGGCUUGGUUUUGUUUUUGGAACUGUGUUCUGGUCUGUUGUAAUUGAACUCAUUUACAAGCGCAAAACGGCAUCCAACGGCGGUGUGGCCAAGCCAGAAUUCCGUUUGCCAUGCCUCUGUUUCUCUGGAAUUGGUAUUCCAGUUGGUCUCAUUUGGUACGGCUGGUCGGCCCAGAAAAAACUUCAUUGGAUGAUGCCAUGUAUUGGGCUGGCGAUUUUUUCUUUCUCCUUGGUGGCAGUGUUCCAAACUAUCCAGAAUUAUUUGAUCGACAUGAAUAAUCGUUUCGCUGCCUCUUCUGUUGCGGCAGCGGCUGUCUUCCGAUCAUUCUUUGGAUUUGCGUUUCCUCUUUUCGCCACACCCAUGUACGACAAACUUAACUACGGAUGGGGCAAUACCAUGUGCGCAUUUAUAGCGCUAGCACUUGGAUUGCCAUUUCCAGUGUUUUGUCUUAUGUACGGCGAACGCUUGAGAAAUUGGGCCAAUCGUCGCUUUGAUGAAAAGCAAGCCAAAAGAGACCAGCGGAAUUUAGAGCGUUUGCGCGAGCAAAACGAGAAGGAAUAUUUGGAAGAGUGA